AUGCGACGUAGCGUUAUCUUCCUCAGCGGGGGGAUGAAAGAGUACCACGAAUGGCACCUGCACGAACCCCUUCUCCAAAAUUAUGAGGGUUGGCGUAUCCUUGACAACCCCAAAUACGAGCGGAAGCUGGAUGCCUACACCUAUGAUAUCGCCGGUUGUGUGCGCCACAUCGACCCGAUUAUCGACGACCCUCGGCUCACCCACAAGCAGCGCGUCUGCCGCCUCUAUCGAUGGGCCCUCAAAGAGUUGCAGAUGUGGAUGAUCCAGCUUAACGCGCAUAAGCUCAACCUAGCCUACAAGGUCGUGCGCCGCCGAUUUGAGCGGUAUCGCUACGUCACGGACCCCGCCACCUGUGAUAUGAUGGUGCGCCAGACCCAAAAGUACCUCCGAGAGAACGCCAACUUUCACUUCCUCCGCCGCAACAACGGCUCCCCGUGGAGUACCUACACCCUCGCGAAUCCCCUUUUCCACCCCGACAACUCCCUUGUCUACGAUCACUGGACUCACCCGGAGGUGAUGUGGUACGACGAUGCGAAGCUGCACCGCUGGAACGCGCAUCACCCGAUGAACGCCGGCGCGAGUGAGAUGUCGGGGCGGUUUGGAGACAUGGACGUCGCGCCCCACCUGCGAUGGGUGGCCUGGACGAUAUCGGGUAUGGUUUUCGCCUGGUCGAUUUACCAGUUUUUUGGCGGCCCGUUGGUGGAUGAGGAUGUGUAUUUUGAGAAGUGGUGCAAGCACUUUGAUCAAAAUCUCGCCGGCGCGAUGUACGCGGCCGAGCGCAACUCCCGGGCGCCAGUCAGCUUACCUGGAUUCGAUUGGGAUCGGGUGAUGGGCAGGAGCGAGCCUCACAAGGGCUUUCAUCUCUUCGACAUUGAAUAUCAGGAUCCUGCUAACUACGCCGUUUCUAAAUAA